UACAAAAACAUGCAAGCAUAAUUACCAUUUAUAAGAAUCAAAUUUGUUAAUACAUUUAAAUAUAAUAAGAUAAAUAAUGUGUUUAAAUUAUUAUUUACUAUUGUUUGUCGAGUGAUGCUUCCAGUAGAAUAGUGACUUGGUAAAUAUUAAGAAAUUACGGGAGUCUCCUUCUCUCAACGGUGUUUAACUUUAGCAUUUACAGACUGUCUAACGAGUACAGUACUCAAAAGGAACAGCCUUUUUUUACUUAGUAACAAGGAAAUACUAAUAAUUUUGUACAAUAAAUUUUACAUCAAUGAAAGACGAAACGACCAAAUAAAGAAACGAAAAUUUUCUUGCUUGCUUUAGUUGUCUUCUUCUAUAUUUUAAAAGGAGAAAAGAAUUUAAGUUCUUAUUCACGGAAAUAAACAUCACAAUCGAAAUAACGUGCAAAAAAUUCUCACGAAAUUAAAAAAACUGAUUUGUUUUAAAAUGCACUGUAAAGGGAAUAUAACAUCGUGGUUUUUAAUUGCAAUUCGAUUAAAUUAAUUGUCUAGUUGUACCUAAAGGAAUUAACGUCAACCAUCAGAUUCUAAUUGGUAUAUAAUAUAAAACGGAUGAACUACAAAUUCAAUAUAAAUUAUUAUUUAUUUUAAAAAAGUUAUGAGAUUUUUAUGUUGGACAACUCUACUUUACAUCAUGACGUCAUACAAUGACACUGCAGCUAAUGCAAGGAGUAAAAGGAUCCUUGCAUUUAGGAAGGGUAGCACGUUUUUUUAUCGUAUGAACUACAAAAUCAAUUCCUUUAGCUACACAACAAUUUUUGCACAAGCCACUGGUUUCAAACUUGUUUGGAAACUUCCCGAUGGCCUGGGAUUUGGAGAACAUAGAUCCAUUCGAGAUAUUCAUGAAAACGCAAAGCUAAUGUACGAAAGUCAUGGCUUUAAUGGGCAGGCUUGUUUAAUGAAGAAUUUUUGCGAAGCAACUGAAUAUAUUAAAAAACAAGAUGGAGUCAUUGAAAAAAUAUUAAAAUUACUAUUACGGUCCUUCAUUGAAAAUGGAACUAUGAAUGCAAAUCCACUCACAUGCGAUCAUUAUGCCAAUCAGUGUCCGUUACAGUUUAUUGGAAUUAAUGAUUUUUCACAGUAUGAACGAUAGAGAAAACUACUUAUAUUUUGUAACAUAACGAAUAUAAAGUUACAAGUUAGAUAUAAAUCAAACAUCGAAUAUCGAAUUAUUUAAUAUAAAAUAUUGUAAAUCGACAUGAAAUAUUAUUACCAGAAAAAAUGACAUUAUCAACUGAAAAAGUUAUUCAAUAAACAUACCUGACUUUGUUCAAGAGCGGUAUAUAUGAGAAAAAUUUGUUAAAAAUUACUGAUCAACUAGUUAAUUCUGUUAGAAUUCGUUGAUAAUUCAAAAAAGAUCAAAAGUAAUACCGUAAACUGGGGCUAU